ACACCUAGAAAAAAAUAUAAGACCAUUUUGCUUUCUAAGUAACACAUAAAAAGUAGCAACGAUGUUUAAACAAAUAUUGACGAUCGCCCUUCUUGCAUUGAUAACGUAUUGUUAUUCACAACAAUACACGUCACCAGGUCAGUGUGCAGACAGAAGAGUAAGACCGGUACGAAAUUUACAAUUCGAGAGGUAUGGGGCUACCGGAAGGAGAUGGUACACUGUCUUUACACACAACACUGCGGGCGACUGCCAGUAUAUCAAUCUUACGUUAACGUCAAACGUAACUGUCGAUUUCUUUUGGGUAGUAAAAAAUUUAACUACUAAUACUUGGAAUGGUAGGCCUGAUGGUGUAAUAACGUGGAUACCGCCUUGUGGCACGCGCGAUGCGAUUUUAAGUACAGAUUACGCCAAUGCCACCAGUUCAAUAAUAUUCUCAAUAUUUGGGAUUGACUACGAUGGGUACAUGCUUCAGUACAGAUGCGUCGAUCUAAAUAGCACAACAAGAACAGAAACAAUAUAUGGGAGAAGCAGGAAUACAACUUUCACACCACAACAAGCAGCUAAAGUACAGAAAAUUAUUAGUGAUAAUGGUCUUGCCGAUUUACCAUUGACAUACGCUGUACAGGACCCAGCACUCUGCUCAACGUAAAAAAAAAAACAGUAGAAUUUGUAAAUGUAUAAAAUUAAUCAAUAUCAGAUUUAUUAGCAUGUGAU